AUGACGCAUAUGGAGGACACAAGAUCAGACCUCAAACAUGAGGGUGAUCAAGCGGCGAUGUCGGCUAGUAGAGAGGACGUGGAAUCUCACUCGGACGAAACGAUUGAGCUUGGCCCAACUCGCUCCCAGAACGGUCACGGCUGCGCAGACAUCUCAGACAAGGAUGAUGAGGGGGAUCCCUUCGAGGUUUCAUUCGAUAGUGAUGAAGAUCCCCUGUGCCCGCGUAGCAUGAAUAUUGCUCGCAAGUGGUUGCUUGUCUGCAUAGUAGGAUUAGGUAGCCUCUGUGUAACGGCUACGAGUUCGAUAUAUACGGCGACCUAUGCCCAGAUGAAUCCCGAGUUCCACCAAUCCGAGAUCGUGGCUACCUUGGGACUUUCAACAUUUGUUCUUGGCAUUGCCCUCGGGCCCCUUUUUUUAGGCCCCCUGAGCGAGUUUUACGGACGGAGGCCGAUUUAUCUGGCGUCGUGGACGAUGUUCGUUAUCUGGCUCAUCCCGUCUGCUGUGGCGCACAACACUGCUACUAUAGUGACGACGCGCUUCAUCGACGGAUUCACUGGAAGUGCAUUCCUAAGUGUUGCCGGCGGCACGGUUAGCGAUGUAUUUCGAAGGGAUCAAAUUCAGGGGCCAAUGACGAUUAUAUCACUUAGCCCCUUCAUUGGCCCAAGUCUCGGACCUCUAGUAGGCGGAUUCAUCAACUACUACACGAACUGGCGGUGGACAUACUAUGUUCUCAUCAUCUGGGCCGCUGCCCUCCUGGUGCUGAUGGUCUUUUGUGCACCAGAGACUUAUCACCCGAUUAAAUUGCGUGAGAAGGCUCGUCUCAUGAGGAAAGAGACUGGAGAUGAAAGGUGGAAAGCACCCAUGGAGAAAUCUACGAAGUCGAUUCCACGCACAGUCGGCCUCUCACUCCUGCGGCCCUUCCAGCUGCUAUUGCUCGAGCCCAUGUGCCUCCUGCUAUCAUUGCUCUCGGCUGUCUUGUUAGGAGUAAUCUACCUCUUCUUCGGGGCGUUCCCGUUGGUUUUCGGCAAUACAUAUGGAUUCAAUCUCUGGCAGGUUGGCCUCAGUUUCCUGGGAAUCUUCGUGGGCAUGCUAGUAGGUGCUGCGACCAACCCGAUCUGGCGGAGCAUCCAUCGUCGGCUUGUGCGUAAAAACCACGGUGUUCCUGAGCCUGAAUUCCAUCUGGCGUCUUCUAUUCUGGGUGCCGUGAUCGUGCCUAUUGGGCUCUUCUGGUUUGCGUGGACCUCGUUAUCACAUUGGAUCUUGCCGAUUAUUGGGUCUGGCAUCUUUGGCUGUGGAACGCUCCUGGUGUUCAACGGCAUUUUCACUUUUCUCGUGGGCACGUAUCCGUUGUAUGCCGCAUCGGCUCUCGCGGCCAACAGUUUUCUUCGCUGUACUUUUGCGGCUGCGUUUCCUCUGUUCGGGAGGCAGCUGUAUGAGGCGGCGGGCUACCAGUGGGCGUCAAGCGUGCUUGCUUUCAUAACGUUGGCUCUCAUGCCGUUACCUUACGUGUUCUUUCAUUUCGGAAAAAGACUACGAGACAGGAGUAGGUUUACGGCGACUAGCGUUUAG